UUACUCACCUCGAGAGAAAGCUUACUGAUGUUCGCAAAUGUCGCAGUUCGCAAAUGUCGUCUUUCAAGUUUAGCUUUCAUUCCCUUGAACAACAAGAAUAAGUGGUUGGUGGGGCUGUUCAUUCACUCCCAGCCGGUAAAAAAAUUUUUUUGUUUGCGUUCUGGCCUAGGAGAGAGUAUUUAUUUUCUUUUAUUUUGUAUUUUCUUAUAGACUUUUUACCCACACUUUUUCCCCGUUGCCCAGC